GUCUACAAGGGAAUAUUGAAAGAUGGCCAAGAGAUGGCUGUAAAAAGACUUUCCACAGUUUACGGACAAGGCCUGGAGGAGUUCAUGAAUGAAGUGGUUGUAAUUUCCAGACUUCAACAUGUGAAUCUUGUCAGACUGCUUGGAUUUUGUAUAGAAGGAGAAGAAAAAAUGUUAAUCUAUGAAUACAUGCCUAAUGGAAGUUUGGAUGCAUUUUUGUUCAAUCCUGCCAAGCGACAACUUCUGGACUGGAGUAAACGCUUCAAUAUUAUUGAAGGGAUAUGUCGAGGCCUUCUUUACCUUCACAGGGAUUCUAGGUUAAGAAUUAUUCAUAGGGAUCUUAAACCAAGCAACAUUUUGUUGGACAAAGAGCUCAAUCCAAAGAUCUCUGACUUUGGCAUGGCUCGGAUCUUUGGUCAUGGCCAAGAUCAAGAAGAAACCAGAAGGAUAGUUGGCACAUACGGUUAUAUGUCACCUGAGUAUGCGAUGGAAGGGCACUUCUCUGAAAAGUCAGAUGUCUACAGUUUCGGUGUCCUACUGCUAGAGAUUGUGACAGGGAAAAGGAGCAGUACCUUCUGGUUUGAAGAGCAAUCUACGCUCAUAGGCUAUGUAUGGAAAUUAUGGAUUGAGGGUAAUGUCGCUCCAGCAGUCGACUCUGUAGUUUCUCAUCCAAAUUUCAGAAAGGAGACUGAAAAGUGCAUACAAGUGGGUCUGCUGUGCGUUCAAGAAUAUGUGAAUGAUAGGCCUAAUAUCUCUACUGUUAUCUCGAUGCUUACAAGUGACAUUGAAGACCUUCCAUCCCCUAAACAACCUGGGUUCAUUAAACGUUUGGCAGCUACUGGUACUGAAUCUUACCAAUCGCAACAGAGUUCCUCCGUAAAUGAUAUGUCUAUUACAGGUCUGAUUGCUCGAUAAAAAUAGAUAGCUAGUUUGGUAAUACACCAAACUCUCUUGAACAUUCAUUGUAAUGAUACUUCUGAUAGCAUUCCGAGCUCUUUUGAUGCUACUUUGAUAUUCCGAGCUCAUUUGGUGCUUGAAGAUCCCUUGAGAAUACCAAAGGAGCUGGGAAUGCAAGACACAAGAUGUAAAAGGAAUGGGGCUGCAAAUCCUAGAAAAGACUCCAAAGAGCUUAUUGUCAACAAAUCUUAAGAAGAUAAAAAUCAUAACUUCUCCUCCUUGGUGCUAUGAAUAUGUACACGAAUCUACAUUGGAUUUUGAGAGUAUGAUUUGACAAGAAAUUGUAAAUUUGCAAGACUGCAUUGGAUACUAGAUAUUGUAAAUUUGUAAGAUUGCAUUGGAUAUA